CUUCAAAUUUACACUAUUAUCAAAAUAGGCUCAAGCGCCUCCAUCAACUUGGAUCCCCAAGAAAGCGGCACCUCCUUGACGAAUCCUACCCUUUCACCAAAACCACCAAAUGAACCCUUCCCUUCGGCGGAGCAGGCCACUCUCCGGCCACAUUUUCCGGCGAACUAUAUCCACAUCACCCAACAACCAAGAAAACGAACAAAACUUCAUUUCAACUCUAAACGAAAUCGUUCGGAGCAAACGGAGCUGGAACAUAGCAUUAAACAGCUCCAUUUCCACAAAACUAAAACCCCAUCACGUUGAGCAAAUUCUCAUUUUUACCCUUGAUGAUUCAAGGUUGGCUUUACGCUUCUUCAAUUUUCUUGGCCUACACAAGAACUUUCACCAUUCAAAUGCAUCUUUUUGUAUUUUAGUACAUUCUUUAGUUCAGUCCAAUCUUUAUUGGCCUGCCACUUCACUUUUACAAACCCUUUUGCAAAGAAAACAAAACCCAAGUUUUGUUUUUGGUAAUUUGUUAGAUACUUAUAAAAGAUUCAAUUUUUAUCACUCUUUGGGGUUUGAUUUGUUGACCCAAUGUUAUGUUCAGGAUAAGAGAGUAAUUGAUUCUGUUUUAAUUGUUAGGCUUAUGAUGGAGAAUUCAUUAGUACCAGAAUUAAGGACUUUAAGCACUGUGUUAAAUGGGUUGAUUAGAAUUAGACGGUUCGAUUUGGUUUUGCAGUUAUUUGAUAAAGCAGUGACUUUAGGUAUUGAGCUUGAUGAGUAUGUUUAUACAGCUGUGCUUAAGAGUUUAUGUGAGUUGAAAGAUUUUGAAAAGGCUAAGGGAAUGAUGAAAUGGGUUGAGGGAAAUGGGAGUAAAUUGAGUAUUAUCUUGUACAAUAUAUUGAUUCAUGGGCUUUGUAAGGGUGGAAGAGUUUGGGAGGCCGUUGAAAUUAAGAAUUCGUUGGGUUGUAAAGGGUUGAAUGCUGAUGUCAUCACUUAUUGUUCUUUGAUUUUGGGGCUGUGUAAAGUGAGCGAAUUUCAGCUUGGUCGAAGCUUAGUGGAUGAGAUGUUGGGGCUGGGUUUGGUUCCACGCGAGGCUGUAGUGUCGAGUGUUGUUGAUGGAUUGAGGAGAGGGGGUGAUUGUGUAGCUGCAUAUAGAUUGGUUGAUAUGGUAGAAAAAGUUGGAGUUAUGCCGAAUUUAUUUGUUUAUAAUGCAUUGCUUAAUUCAUUGUGUAAAGAUGGGAAGCUGGAUGAAGCAGAGUCGCUUUUUGGUAGAAUGGAGAAUAAAGGGCUGUGCCCGAAUAGUAUAACUUAUUCCAUCAUGAUUGACUUUUUCUGCAAACGAGGGAAAUUGGAUGGUGCACUUAGUCUCUACAAUAGAAUGCUCGAUAAUGAGGUAGAACUAACCGUAUACCCUUACAAUUCUCUCAUUAAUGGCCAUUGCAAGGCUGGAAAAUGUAGUGCUGCAGAAUCUAUCUUAAAUGAGAUGAUUGAUAAAGGAUUGAACCCAACUGUUGUAACAUAUACGUCAUUGAUAGAUGGAUACUGCAAGGAAAGAGAAGUGCACAAGGCCUUUAGGCUUUACCACGAGAUGACAGGCAAAGGAAUCUCACCUAAUACUUUCACUUUCACUGCACUUAUCUCUGGUUUUUGUCGUGCAAGCAUGAUGACAGAAGCAAGUAAAUUGUUUGAUGAGAUGGUGAAAAUGAAUAUAACUCCUAAUGAGAUCACUUAUAAUGUAUUAAUUGAAGGGCAUUGUAAAGAUGGGAACACCGCAAGGGCUUUUGAAUUGCUUGAUGAAAUGGUGGAGAAGGGUCUUGUUCCUGACACAUACACAUACAGACCUCUGAUAACUGGACUUUGUGCAAAAGGUCGAGUAUCUGAAGCAAAAGAGUUUGUUGAUGACCUUCAAAAACAAAGUCAUUAUCUGAAUGAGAUGUGUUUCUCUGCUCUUUUGCGUGGUUAUUGCGAGGAAGGAAGACUAAAGGAUGCAUUAAACACUACAGAUGAGAUGGCGGAAAAGGGAAUUAACAUGGACCUUGUGUGCUAUGGUGUACUUAUUUAUGGAACUCUAAAGCAUCAUGAUAUGAAUUAUUUAGUUAAGAUUUUGAAGGAGAUGCACAACCGAGGACUGAAGCCAGACGAAGUAAUGUACACUAGCAUGCUCGAUGCGUAUGGCAAAUUUGGAGAUCUUAAAAAGGCUUUUAGAUGUUGGGAUAUAAUGGUCAGUGAAGGAUGCAUCCCAAAUAUCGUGACGUACACUGUGAUGAUAAAUAACUUGUGCAAGGCUGGAUUAGUUGAUAAAGCAGAGAGUUUUUACAAAGAAAUGUUAGCUCAGGGAUUGAUACCUAACCAAUUCACAUAUAGUUGUUUCCUCGAUCAUCUUGCAGGUGAAGGGUACAUGGUAGAAGCUAAACAGCUUCAUGAUGCAAUGCUUAAAGGAUAUCUUGCAAAUACCGUGACAUACAAUAUUAUUAUACGGGGUUUAUGCAGAUUGGACCAAAUUCAGGAAGCAAUCAAUGUUUUGCUUGAAAUGAAAAAUAAUGGUAUUUCCCCAGAUUGCAUAAGUUACUCAACGAUCAUUUAUGAAUUUUGUAGGAGGGGUGAUCUGUCAGGAGCAACAGGCCUAUGGGAAUCUAUGUUGACUAAUGGUCUGAAGCCUGAUAUGGUGGCUUAUAACCUUUUGAUUUAUGGUUGCUGCAUCGCUGGAGAAAUGUCGAAAGCUUUUGAAUUGCGUGAUGAGAUGAUAAGAAGUGGUCUGAAGGUGUCUCAUGCCACAUAUGCUUCUUUAGUCCCUGGAACCUGAAAGAUGAGUUCCCCCGAUCUGAUAGCACCGCUGCAAGAAUCAGUUACUAUGAUUCACUAGUGACUAUCAAAAUUCAGAAUAUGUGUACAGGACGUGAUAGCGUCAACCCUAAUUUUUUACACCAAAAUGCUGCAUCCAUGAAUGGUUCAAGGCCCCACCUUUUUAUCUGAGGAUCAUGAACUAAGAGUUGGGGCAUCUCGAGAACUUCGAGGGAGACCCAUGUACCAAUGAUGGUACAACUGUCAUAUGUCAGAAGAGGUGUAUGUCAUAGGACUCCUGCAGCAACUGUUUCUUGCCUAUGAAGUUUCUCACUUCGAGAGAGUGCUCCAGAGCUGUCUAUUUAUGAUGUCAGUUGCAUGCCCACCCACCUUUUCGCAUUAGGUUCUAUUGCUUCUUUCCUACUGAAAUUGCUGUAGCGCAAGGUACUGUAUGGGAAAGCUAUAUUCUCAAGGAGACCUACUGCCUCAAUGAUGGCAAUACACGGCAUGUUGACUCGAUGGAUCCAAGUUGUGGCAGAAAGGAUUUCUAAUCAAUCAACAACUCACAAUUUCAAAUAAGUUGAGACCUAUGCAAUUCUUUGGUUUCAUUCCAUUCUAUUCAGCUCCCUUUACCAAGCAGCAGGAAGGCAUCAAGUCUGUUGAUGGCAUUCUCAGCUUUUUGUUUGCAACUACACGGGAGUCUAUGCUGGAUUGAAUAGAAGGCAACUCUGUAUCAAGUAUUUUGAUGUCAUGCACCUAACAAGUAAUAACCCUAAAAAAAUAGUUGUUGGUCAUCAUGUAAUUAUCGAACCCAUAUGACAUGUAUUCUAGGUGGUAUAUUAGGUGAAUCAUUCUCUUGCAUUGCCUUCAAGUCAGUUUGCUUCAAGUUAAGAAAUUAUGUUCAGUUCCCAAAUA